GAAAUCCAGUAGAGGAGACUUCGUAUUUUCUGCUGAUCGGCUGAUCAGACUUGUGGUUGAAGAGGGACUGAAUCAACUGCCAUACACAGAAUGUACCGUGACCACUCCAACAGGACACAAGUAUGAAGGAGUCAGAUUUGAAAAAGGAAACUGCGGAGUCAGCAUCAUGAGAAGUGGAGAGGCAAUGGAACAAGGGUUACGAGACUGCUGUAGAUCGAUCCGCAUAGGAAAAAUCCUGAUACAGAGUGACGAGGAGACCCAGAGGGCCAAAGUGUACUAUGCUAAGUUUCCACCAGACAUUUACAGGAGAAAAGUUCUUCUUAUGUACCCAAUACUAAGUACUGGUAACACUGUCAUUGAGGCUGUCAAAGUUCUCGUAGAACACGGUGUCCAGCCAAGCGUCAUCAUCCUGCUGAGCCUCUUCUCCACGCCUCAUGGUGCCAAAUCCAUCAUCCAGGAAUUCCCCGAAAUCACCAUUUUAACUACAGAAGUUCAUCCCGUUGCACCGACUCACUUUGGACAGAAGUAUUUUGGGACAGACUGACCCACUCGGAACAAACGGAUGUGACUUUAUGAGACCACAGGAGGGGUUU